AUGGAUGAUCGAUUCAGCUUCGACCAGUAUCUUAGUGAGUAUAUUCCAAGUCAUCUCGGCAUCGAGUUGGUGGCUGAAGAAGAAAUACCGAAGUCGGCUAAGCUUCAUACCAAUAAAGAGCUACAAGGUAUAGAUGAUGACGAGAAAUUGUCAGAGGAAUAUCAUCUUCAUCUUGUAGAUCACAAUGCGAUCGGCAACCAGCACUGGGCAAAAGCAUUACGACGACCGGUUAAAAAUACGCCUAAGGAUGUAUCUGGAUGGAAAGAUCCGUUGGCAGAUAGCCUCUUCUCGGUAAGUCAUCACCGGAAAGAAAUGGACGAAAGGAAGUUCUCGGUAGCAGACAGGACACGAAUGCUGUGUGAGUUUGACGAAUGUCUGAAUACAAUGAGUAAAUUGGGGAAAGAGGUGAAAUUGAAGGCUAGAUUCACACUAGAGGAGCAGUUUGAAAGAGUACUGAAACAGCCGUUGAAUCACAAAAGCUUGAUAGUUUUAAGCGCUGUAUUACCAACAAUCACCAAAGUGGAAGAUAUUACAAAUGAUAAUGAGUUAGAGAUCAAGUAUAGAACUACAGUGAAGGAGUUGAUGAAGUUUAUUAUAAGAUUCGAGCAAAGUAAAGCACGAGAAUCAGUGUUAAAGAAAAAGGUCAGAGACUACAAUCAGAAUCGGCCGCAUACAAUCGAUACUGAUGAAGAUGAGAGCGAUGAUCCGGAAACUCUAGAGGAUCUGAAGGAAUUACGCCAACGCAGAAUGCACAGACGGAGUUUGAAAUACGGCAAAAUUAUUAGAAUACAUUUCUUAGAUGGUGUGACAUUAGUGAUAGACCCAAUAAGUAAGGCCAGAAUAGAGGGAAACUAA